GUCAUUGUAAAUAAGAUUUGUUCUUAUUGUUAUGUUUUUAUUUGAUUUAUUAUUGUCUCAGACACUAAUGUUUAAUCACUAGUUUGUUACAGUCAUAUUAAAUUCCUUUUAAUUCCUUUCCUAUUUUGGUUUUCUGCCUAAAUAUUUAAUGUUGUCAACUUGUCUUGAAAUAAAGGAAAAUAUAAUUGCGUUGUUCCUAAAUUCAGUGUAUUGUGCUACAUAUGCCAUGAAUCAAAGGGCGCAAAACACGACGAUAUUAAAUUGUGUUUUGGCUCAAGAGUUGCAUUAGCGUCAUGGCAGCAACAUUAGUGUCCUGGUAGAAACAUUAAAACUUCCGGUUUUCCGAUUUGCCUUCACAAUAAAAGUCUGCGGUAAAACGCUGUGUAUGACAUUAAAUCAAUUAUUUCGUGCAGCUUUACAUAGUGCACAAUGUUAAAACUAAAGACAAUUACUACUCCAUAUAAGAUACAUAAUAUUAUAAGGUGGAGCAGAUUGACCGAUGCGAAAUGGCUAGCUAGUUAGCGGUGGUGCGCUGUGGAGCGAUGGGUAACGAUGCUCCAUGGGUGUCAGUUGUCUGUGUGUGCAGAGGGUCCCUGGUUCGAGCCCGGGUAGGGCGAGGAGAGGGACGGAAGCUAUACUGUUACAUUGGCUUAUAGAGCAAAAACUAUUCUGGGUACUGUAGCAUUAUUUAAGUGCCAGCUGAUGGGUCAUCAAUUGUGGAUGGGCUUCCCAUUGUAUUAAAACGGGUUAAACCACCGGAACACACUUAGCCCAAUGGGCAAUCUGCAAGCAGUUUUCUGGACAACACAGAAAAGUGAACAGUUGCAGUGUAUUUUCUAAGAACCGAUAUAAUACCAAUAUCGAAUCGAAAAUGCAACUGAUAUUGAUUUUCCAUAUUUGUGCCCAUCACUAAUUGAAUGUAUGUAUUUGAUAAGGGAUUGCUACAAAUGAAUGUAUCAUAAAGUGUGUUAGACCAUAAAUGUUUUGCCGAAACAUUUUAUGAAAUGAAUUAAGUAUGACCAUGAAUUUUAACUGACACAUUUGAUACAAUUGGUGACUGAAGUGACUGUGUCCCUAUAGCCUGGUUGAUGUUGAUUAUGUUUAAAUUGUAAAUAAAUUAGAUUUUUGUUUUGACAAAAACAAAUUGCCUUAUGGGUUUGUUAUUUGAGUGUUGAUAGUUUAGUGUGUAUAGGCAUUGACUUCAGGACCAUAGAUGGCACCUGGUCAUUUGAAGGUGGUUUAUAUACAGACCUUACUGAGUACUCCCAACCACACUUUUCCCUCUGCACAUAGAAUCAUUUGUUUAUAUUUUAGACACCAUUUUAAGCUAUUUGACCACAGUAAAAGGCCAGCAACACUCUGUAUUAUUUAGAGCCACGUGAAAUGACACCAUAUAUACAUUCUACAGACACUACUGACUAUCCCCUACAAUACUUUUAGUACCGUCCCCAGGAUACUUUUUGCUCUACAAGCCAACAUGUAUUCCAUAUACAGUGAUUCGCAUUGGGGGAAUUUAUUUGACCUUGGAACAUGUAUUACAACCAAAAUGUAAUGCAAAUGUCACUUAAAUAUGAACAAUGUUAAUGUUUAAACAAUUAUUUACACGUUAUUGACACUUUUCUACUAUUAGGUGGGCGAAUUUUAUUUUGAAAAUGUUCGAAAUUCCGUGACCCGGAACUACUUUUUUAAGAGUUGCUGACGAGACGCUGUUGCAACCUUUCAAGUAGAAGAAAGUAUUCCAUCUAUCUUGCUGUGUCUAUGUCUCAAGAUGAUGAGCUUUGUCCUCCUGAGGAGCUGAAGCACUGGAGCUUGCCUGGCCCUGAACAUGAAUUCUCCAGAGGACAGUUCUUCCUCUUCCACACAGAAGACCUCGGUUUGGGCCGACCAGCAGACAGCCACUGCACAGCUGGGAGUUAUCCCUCCGUCUCCCACACACUGCUUUGGGGAUGGGGAAGGAACCAGCUCUGCUAUCCCAGCUGAAACACCUGUUUCAACCAACCCUUCUUGCCCAUCUCAAACACUUGUUUCACCCCCAAAAAAGAGGAUCGCAGAGAAAGGAACCUUUGCAUCACAGCCACAGGGUGAACGUCGCAAGAGGGGUAGGCCACGCAAACACAAGAAACCCCAGACUGACACAGAACACCAUAUCCACCAGGCCCAGUCCCCGACAGCUACACAUCCAUGUUUACAGCCAGAGGACCAAACAGAGGCUGUGACACUGACACCCAGCUCACCUGUGAUACCUGAGGACAGGUGUCAGUCACCUGAGGCCACCUUUGAACCACCAUGCCUUGCCUUGGACUUACAGAGCCUCAAUAAGGGACAGAGUAAGAAUGGGCCCCAUCUCUCCAGUGCUUCUGUUGGACAAGGAGACCUAACAGGCCCUAAUGUUCUAACCACUGGUAGUAUCACUGCCACUGGGAUAUUUAUAAGUAAAUGUGCCAAAGAGCAAAGGACUCUGUGCCAGUCACCACAGAAUCUGACGGAUGGGAGAAAGGCGGCAAAAAAAUCACAAAUUCAUAAGGUCGAUCAGCCACAGGAGACCGUGACAAAUGGGGAAAAUACAUCUAAACCCUUACCGACUAUUAAGGUAGGACAGGAGAAUUGCCUGACACAAAAGACUGGGCAAAAAAGGAAAUAUACAAAAAAAUCACAGAGCCAUAAGGUAGGCCAGCCAAGGGACACUGACCAGUCACAGGAGAGUGAGACAGUGAGAAAUGGGGGAAAUACAUCUAUAAAAUCACCAACCCAUAAGAUAGACUGGUCACAUGAGACGGUGAGAAAGAGGACAUAUACAAAAAAAUCUCAGACCCCUAAGUUUGACCAGUCACAGGAGGAGUCUGUAACAAAAAAGAAAAAGGGCUCUAAAAUAUCUCCAACCCAUAAGGGAGAGCAGUCACAAGAGAUGGUAACAAAGAGGAAAUAUACCAAAAAAACACAGCGCCAUAAGGGAGACAAGGAGACUGUGAGAAAUGGGAAAAAGACAACUAUGAAAUCACCAACACACCAGCUAGACCAGUCACAAGAGUUGGUAACAAAAAGGAAAAAGGUGUCUAAAAUAUCUUCAACCCACAAGGUAGACCACUCACAAGAAACUGUGAAAAAGAGGAAAUAUACAAAAAAAUCACAGACCCAGGAGAUUGACCAGUCACAAUCCCCAGAGACUGGAAAAAAUACAUCUAUGAAAUCGCUGACGAAUAAGGUAAUCAAGGUGGCAUCGAAAAAAUCACAAAGCCAUACCGUAGAACAGUCACUAGGGAUUGACCAAUCACAAGAGACCGUGAGAAAGAGGAACUACACAAAAAAAUCUCAGAAGCAUAAGGAGGACUCACAUGAGACUGUGAGAAAUGGGGAAAAGACAUCCAAAAAAUCGCAGAAGCAUAAGGUAGAGUUACGAGACACGAAACAGUCACAGGAGGAGACUGUAAAAAAUAGGAAAUAUACUAAGAAAUCAAAGACCCACAAGGUAGACUCGGGAGUCCUCUCCUUACUCCCUGUGUUAUCUGCAGACCUCUCCCUCAACCUUUCCUCUCCCACAUUCAGCUCUACUGGGCUUCCAAAGAGAAAAUAUACAAAAAAAUCACAGACCCUCAAGGUAGACUCCGAUGUCCCAUCCUCACUCAUUGUACUGUCUGCAGACCUCUCCUCCAGCCUGCAGAGUAGCCGCUCUCCUACUCGCAGCCCUUCUGGCAUCCCCUUCUCACCAAACACGCCUAAGAAAGUCCGAGGCAGACCUCAGCGGGUCCAGCAGCAGCUCUUUCUUAGCUCCACGCCAGGCCCUCACCCCAGAUCCUCCACAGGAACAGACAACCCCCUCUCUGCCUCCCUGUCUCACUUGGGACUGGGCCCACAGAACGCCUCACCCAUCACCCCCUGGAAGCUGUUGGAACUAAGCCCUCUGGAGAAGACACACUUAGCUUUACCCGGUAGUAAACCUCGGGGUAGACCCAGAGUUAGGCCAAAGAACUCGGCUACAGUGAAGGGAGUGAAAACUCAGGGUGGUAAGAAGAAGGUGAAGGCUGCAGCAGAGGGAGGGUCCCAGACCUUCAGCUCUGAGGAAGGCCCCCCAGCCAAACUCAGACGUAGAAGCAGGAAAGGCCAGACAGCAGAGGGAGCUGGCCUGCAGAGCGGUUACACUACCAGCACUGAGCCACGCUCCAGACCCAGGUUUGAGCUGCAGGAGUCAGACUCACCAGACACAGACACAGGAGAUGCCUCCCUGUCCUCAGACCUCUCCAUCGAGUUAAGCGUACAGGAAGACCGUGUAACAUCACUGACUCUUGAAGAGGAGGAAGAGCAAGACGAUGAGGAAGAUCUGCCCAGUUUCUUAAAUAACACAAAGCCACUGUCCAUAACGGAAGGAAUAUGUGUUUGGUGCAAAUUUAGAAGCUAUCCUUUCUGGCCGGCAAUGGUGAAGAGUGUGAACCGUAAGCUGAAGAAGGCCAGCAUUGUGUUUAUUGAUGACCUGCUGUUUGACAAAAAGAGGAUACGAAAAGGCUUUUCUGUGUCCCUAAAAACAUUGAAGCCUUUUGACUGUGAAGAGGCUGAUCAGCUAGUGGAUAAUCUGAGACCAGCCACCCGGACAGCUGAUGAAACUUCGAUGGCCACUGGCAGGCUGGAGAAAUGUGCUCUUCAUGGGUGAAUCAUGGUUUCAACUAUACCGGGAAGAUGGCAGACAGCGUCUAUGGCGUCGUGUGGGUGAGCGGUUUGCUGAUGUCUAUGUUGUGUACAUAGUGUUCCUUGUUGGCGGUGGGGUUAUGGUAUGGGCAGGCAUAAGCUACGGACAACAAACACAAUUGCAUUUUAUCGAUGACAAUUUGAAUACACAGAGAUACCGUGACGAGAUCCUGAGGCCCAUUGUCGUGCAUUUAAUAUGCCGCCAUCAAUAUGCCGCCAUCACCUUAUGUUUCAGCUCGAUAAUGCACAGCCCCAUGCCGCAAGGAUCUGAACACAAUUCCUGGAAGCUGAAAAUGUCCCAGUUCUUCCAUGGCC